AUGGCUGCCCGGGAGAGCCUGGUACGCAUGCGCAGAUGGGUACCCUCCCUCGGGAGGGAGCAUGCGCGCCAGAGGAGAAGGCCUAGGGACAGGAUCCGGCCUCGGGGCUACAGGAGCGACAUGCAGGCGGCCCUGGAGGUGACCGCACGGCAUUGCCGAAAAGAAGCAGAGCAGUACGGCCAGUGUGUGGCUGCCAACCCUUCCUCCUGGCAGCAGGACUGUCACCAGCUGAAGCUUGAAAUGGCCAAGUGCACGUCAUCCCACCCCAUUGUACAGAAAAUCCGCCACGAUUGUGCUGAACCAUUUUCUGCAUUCGAACAGUGUCUUAAACUGAACCAGACGUCUGUAGUCAACUGCACUGAACAUGUCCAGAAAUUCCUGCUCUGUGCUGACCAGGUGAAACUGGCCACAUAAGUGCCAAAAAGGUGACCUCCUCUGUGUUAACUCUGGGGUGUCCACUGGAUUAAAGGUUCCUGGUUCCAAGAAUGGCAACAACGUCAUCAUCAAGAUCUACUAGGACACGAGAAUUGCUUUCCAGUCCUGGAAGCCCAUUUCUGCAGCCAUGCCUGCCAAUGCCAUCUCAGUGUGGCACAUUGAAGUGCAGCUUCUGAUCAAUAAACCAUGGGAACCACAUAGGCAUGACCAUGGUAGUCUCAGCUCUAUCUGCAAAGCCAGCCCUGCCUCUUGGAGCCCAGUGUGUGUGUUUUGCUGAGCGUGGAGCUCAUCUAGGCAUGGUGCAAUAAACUGCAGUCAGAGACCAGA